UGCGGAAGUGCCGGUGCCCGCGGCCGAGCCCCCGGGGCAGCUGCAGGGUGCGUGGCGAGAGCCCGUGCAGGGGGCUUCCCAAGCCUUGGGGUGCCCCCGGCAGCGCAGCCCCCUCCGUGCCCGGAUGGCAGCAAGCACCUGAGCUCCCCCCCCUGGCAGCGGGGCCCGGCCAUGGAGACCGUGGUGAUCGUGGCCAUCGGGGUGCUGGCCACCAUCUUCCUGGCAUCACUGGUGGCACUGGUGGUGGUGUGCCGGCAGCGGUACUGCCGCCCCAAAGCCCUGCGGCACCGCGCCGACACCAGACCCAUCGUGGAUCUGAUGGGCACAGCCGAGACGCCGUCGGAGCCGUCGGAGCUGGAGCUGGACGACGUGGUGAUCAGCAACCCCCACAUCGAGGCCAUCCUGGAGAGCCAGGACUGGCUGGAGGAUGCCUCGGGUCUGGUGUCCCAUUGCAUCGCCAUCCUGAAGAUCUGCCACACGCUGACAGAGAAGCUGGUGGCCAUGACCAUGGGCUCAGGAGCUCGCCUCAAAUCCCCCUCCAGCCUGGGGGACAUCGUGGUGGUGGCCAAACGCAUCAGCCCCAGGGUGGAUGAUGUGGUGAGAUCCAUGUACCCACCGCUGGACCCCAAACUGCUGGAUGCCAGGGCCGCCGCGCUGCUGCUGUCCGUCAGUCACUUGGUGCUGGUGAGCCGCUCCGUGUGCCAACAACCCUCCGCUCGCCUCUGGGUCGAGCGCUCGCUGGCAGCGGCCGAGGAGCACAUGGCAGCCCUGCGCCAGGCUGCCCUGGCCACCGAAUCCCCCCGCCCGCUCCCCCCCGAGCCCUUCCGCCACGAGCAGUCGCCCAUCUGACCCCCCUCCCCUCCAAUAAACCCCCCCGGGAGCCGCCCGGGGGCAUCCCACCCCCUGCGAAGGGACGGGGUGU